AUGCACUCGCUGAUAGUUGAUGAGCUGUGCGACGAUCUCUUCACAUUCUGCACAGAGCUCAAAAAGGUCACCAUCCCCAUUGCAAAAAGGGCAUAUGAUAUCUUCCCGCAGGGCUCCACAAUGCGAAAGGAGGAGGUUCAAAAGCAGGUCACCGCAGCUGCUACUAGGCUCCUCAAGAGCGGUGACUACCUCCGGCUCCCUGACUCGUCUGGUGGAACAUUCAAGAAUUUUAUGGUGCAGGCUCUCAAGGAUGCAUGUCUCGAAUUUUACUACAGCAACAGCAAGAAGGCAUUAAAGAACACAGACAAAUUCUGCCACACAAUCCCCGUCAACACAAUGCUUCUUGUAGCAGCAGUGUUGAAGGGUGUUAUCUCUGGCUUUCAGGAGACCGGCACUGACAAGGUCCCUGACCUAACUGCUGAGCAGUGCAGGAUCCACUUCGCCAAUUUAUGGAAAUCAGUUGACAAACUACUCGAGGUUCCGGAGCGCCGCAAAGAGCUUGAAGACAUGUUAGACCAAUGGGCUAGGACUGGCAUGGGCAACUUUGAUGGAUGGAAGGAUGGUGUUCUAGCCUUGGAUGAAGCCCAAGGGAUCCUCCAUCGAGCUUGGUAA